ACUUCACUCCACUUCAGUGCGUGCUGCUCUUCCAAUGAAAAAAAGCCACCAAACUUUCUCCGCAAGAUCAUUAGGUACUUAAAAGAAGCUGGAUAACGGAUAGCUUCACGUUUUGGGACAACAUUAGCAGGUUGAUUUUUAAUGUAACGCGAUUUUGGAGAUCUAAAAGACUGGUUCGUUACGCGAAGUCCAAGUCUGGGAUUUCAUCUCGAAGUUCCCAAGAUGAACUUCGGUCCGGUGGUCGGGAAACUUGUUGUGCUGAUGGUACUGCUGUUUGGAGGUUAUGCAGCAGAGAUGGCACCAGUGGCUCAGUGGUCCAGUGAAGACUUCACAAACUUAACCCUGAAGAGGCCUCGUGCAUGUGUAGAGAAUGAGCAGUAUCUUCACCUGGGACUGUGCUGCCUCAACUGCCAUGCUGGAACGUUUGUGCAGAAGGCCUGUGAACGGGACCAGGAACAGGGCACAUGCCUCCCUUGUGAACAUGGACAGACCUACACGGAGCACUCCAAUGGGAUGAACCGCUGUUUGCCUUGUACUCACUGCCGCUUAGAUGAGAUUGAAACUGCCUCUUGCACCACCACAACUGACACCAGAUGUCAGUGUAAACCAGGCACAUUCUGUGUCCCGGACCAGGCCUGUGAGGUCUGCAAACGCUGUGCAAAAUGCAAACCAGGAGAAGAAGAAGUGAAACAAUGCACUCCCUUCUCCAACACAGUUUGCCGAAAACGGGACCCAUUUCCCACUCCGAAAUCCCCAUCUGCCCCUAUUCCUACUACCACCUCUCCAUCAUCUAUUGUUAUUCCCAUUUUUAUCAUCCUUGUGAUCAUUGUCAUAGCUAUAAUUGGAGUUGCUCUUUGGUGGUUUCUAAUGAGACAGCAGUCAUGUGAAAAACCAUGUUCUGGGAGUCACUGUGAAUCCAGUGAGAUUGUGAAGAUUCCAAUUGAUGAGAGUGGGGACACUACAGAGGAGAGACAAAACAACCAGAAUGCAGGUUUGGAGGGAGAGGAACCCCGUCCUGAGUCUCGGCCGCUGCUGCAGGAGACCCAGUCUGGGCUGAGCAAAGCCUCUCCGCCCCUGGAGGAUGAGGAUCGUGGACUUGGGGACAGUUUACCCAACACUACUAGCUCUUCUCAAACCAGCCUGCCAGGCCUGCCCACAGGUGCCUCGUCUGGGAGCUCACCACAUCCAAGCCCCUCUCCUCCCAGGCUCACAGCUGCUGCCAUUGACAAUCCUCUGGAGCAACGACUUGUGCCUCUACAAGGGUCGGAAAAAUCCCUCAAGAAGAGCUUUGAUUUGUUUGACGAAUACUUGGACGUGCGGAUUCACAACAAGUUUUUUAGGAUGAUUGGUGUCAGUGACAACCACAUUCGCAUUGCUGAGAAUGGGCCCCCUGGUGACAAAGUCUAUGAACUGCUCAAGAACUGGAUGCAGAGGCAGGGACUCAAGGCAGACAUCAAUGACUUGCUGGACGCUUUGCUCAGCAUGGACCAGCGGCGAUCAGCUGAAAACAUUGCAUCAGCCGCACUCAGGAGGGGCUACUACAAGCAUGCAGACACACCAUGAAAAAGACUCAAGCAUACUGAAUACUAGCAAAUCUAAAAGCACACAGACACUGUCAGAAUGUGAUAUUGUGUCUGAAAAACAGGCUUACCUCUCUAUGGCUAAACAGCCAUAUAUUUCAAAGCCAGUAGUUUCAAAAAGAAAAAAGGGGAAGCCAUAUGGAUGAGUGCUCAGUGUGCGUGGACCAUAAGACAAUGAAAUAUAAGUAUUGUGGUCCAUAUUGCUUUUAAAGAGACUGAUAUGCUUUUUGAAAGUUAUUGAGUAUGAAGCUAGCCACAUCUACAAGCUAAAACUUUGGUUGUACUGUACUAGCAACAGUAGCCGAAAAAUACUGAAAGUUGAGACGUCUCUGGGCGUGUGUCACGUAUCUGGUUCUCUUUCCAGAACAUUAUACAUGACCUAAGGACAAGGAUAUACACUGGUUUGUAGGAGUGGCACGAUUUUGUCACGAAUACAGUGCCUUCUCAAUGCACUGACCUCUGGCACAUGUAGGAUGUCAACUACAUUCAAGCCACAAUGUUUGUAUAUUUAGGUGUUUCUGUUUAAUGAAAAUGGUGGCAAAUCGAGACCAAGUGUCAAAGUAAUGGUAACAUUACAUUUAAAAGAGAUUUUUGGAAAUUUUUAUUCAUUUCAGAAAAAAAUCACAUCCAAAUUAUGUUAAGAUAAGAAGCCCUAUGAGAAGGAUUUUUUUUUUUUUUACAAGCUGUGUCUCUCUCCUGAUAACUUCUGUUAUAAUGAUGUGUGGUCUAGAGUUCAAAGGUCAAUUUAUUUAUUCAUAUAUUUAUUGCAGUGAAUAAUAAUGAACAUUAUUUAUAAGAUUGCCAACCUAUACACCCUGAACAACACAAAUAAGGUGACCUAUUAUGCUUUUUAGAUCAAGGCUAAAUUGACUGAGAUCAGAUGUGUGGUUAAAAUGUGCCAUUUAUUAUCGUUGUGUUUGUUACAUGCUAAAUUUUCUUUAAGAUGGUAAUAAUCAGAAAUAUCAGAAAGUUACACAGCCUAGCAAUGCACAAUAUGUCAUUUCAAAAAUCGCAAUGUCUGUAGCAAGCCGACUGACCAAGUAUGAUGCAGGUACUGACCAUUUUGUCUUGGUUAGAAUAGACUAAGAUGAAGGAAAACUUUUCUGGAUAAACAAAGCUAAAACAUAUUGCCCCAACAUUUGUGUACAUCUUUGCAAAGUGUAUUUGUAUAUAUGAAACAAGGCUAUUAACAAACCAGAAUUUAUUUAGUGACUGAUGAAGUUAUUAAGAACAACAGAUACACCAGCCAGAGUGUCUGCCAAUUCUUUUGUUUUUGUAUCUUGUGUUGAGCCCAUUGUUCUGCAGUAAUGUACAGAGUUUAAAAGAGUUUAAAAUAUAUAUUGGAAUGAUGCAACAGUGCUGGCACUGCCAUCUAUUGACAGACUAUGAAAAUGCAGCCUGCAUCAUAUUUUAGAGAUGUUCAAACUUCAGUCUCACUGACCAUUUCUCUGUAACUCAUCGAUUGCACUAUACUAUGAAAUGCUCUUGAUCUGUCCUGAUGUAGUAGAAGCAAUUCAGUGAGUCAGCUUUAUAGCACAUUUUUCUUUUACUCUGUGGCACUUGACGUUUGAUUGUUUUUGUAAGAUUUCUGUGUUGUAGCCAAUUCAAUUGUGUGUCCUGAGCUAUUCAAGUCAAUUUUACAUCCACUACACAUUUCUCUCAGUUAAAGCUGGCUUCAUUGGGUUCAGAUAUAAAUUAUGCCAUCCAAUCUGUUUAUGUCCAUUUCUAAUAAAUAUUUUGUACAAAUGA